GGUGACAUUUCCACAUUUUGCUGCUCUUGUUAAAAGCCUUCCGCAGUUUGUCACACUUCACAGAAUGUGUGUGUGGAGCGGGAGGCGCCACGUGGACAGAGCAGGUGUUUUAUUCACUGACAUUAUCUCCGAUCCUGAUCCACACGCGUUCAGAUGAGAGCUCAGGAGAUGGGGCACUCCGAAAAAUGCAUCGACCUAACAACUUACUAUAAUACUAAUACUGCAACAUGUGUGCCGUGUAAAUUCAAACCAGGGUAUGAAGUCAAUCCUAACUGUGGCUAUGAUGACAACGGAGGAAGACACGACGUAGGGCACAGCAAAUGCAAAGCCAACUCUUUCAAUGACGGCAGCAGAGCUCUGUGUGUAGAGUGCACUUCAUGUCCGCCUGGAAGUAACGUUAUCAGGACCUGUAACACAACUACUGACACGGAGUGUGAAGAGCUGAGAGGCUUGACCACACAGGUUCCUGUCAAAAUUCAGACAGACCCUCCUUCAGACAAACACACUAACUUCACACCCACCGGGACACGUCUUCCAACGACCUUCAACCCAACAACAGCAGUUUCUAGUUCUGUUGUAAUAUGGGCCGUACCGUUAACCAUCCUGAUUUGCAUCACGCUCAUGUUGAUAUCGGCUUACAUCAUCUACAUGAAGCGAAACAAAGGUCGACACCCUGUACUGCAUUUCAGCAAAAGGUCCUCAUUGGCUAAAGAAGGAUUCGCUCCCCUCUCUGCCUGCAGCAACGACGUUCUCAGUCCUGACAUCCUGUCAGCGCCUUUACAGACGGUGCUGAACAACCUGGAUGUUUUGGAGGAGCUGGUGAUUUUGUUAGAUCCGGAAAGUCAAUUAUUGAAGAACACCAAGCACCUGGCCUCGCAGUGCUCCUUCCCCUCCACCUGGAUCACCUACACCUACUCCAUGAAGGACAGCAAGAGCCCCCUAAAGGCUGUGCUGGAGCGGGUCACCAGCAGCCACCCUGACUGGACAGUGGGACACCUGGCCAAGCUGCUCAGUCAAAUGGAGCGCAAUGAUGCAAUCGCCGUUCUUGCCCAACUCCAACCGCCCGACUCACCCGUGUAGUCCUCCUGCACUGGGGACUCCAGAGAUGCAGCCCCAUGCAGAAUGGAAUCAUGCCUGUGAGAUGGACACUUUCAAAUGUUAACUUCUUACUCAAAGAGAAAAGGUGGCUCACUGAACUGAUAACAACGGACAACUUAUGAGAGUUGUGGGGCAACUUCUACUGCUCCGGCUCCGGCCACAUUUGAUUUUGUCCUGAGUGAGAAAUGUCAAAUGACUCAGAGCAGCGUCGAUACAAAGAUACUGUCGUGUCUGAUUAGCAGCUGCUUUUGUCCACAGGUGCUUCCUCUGUGCAAGCUGAGCUGAUGACUAUUUUUCUAAAACUAGAAAUGCAAGACAAAUUUCUAAAAAUCUUCUUUACCCACUUGUUUGUAACUUAACAAUGAAAUACAAUAAUCAAUAUUACUCAACAAAUCUCUAGAAUAUUCCAAUAAACGCUAACUUCACGCUGCUACACACAAAGGAACUUGUUUUUGUUCAAACAUCUUAACAUCUUUAUUAGGCAAAUGACAUUAUAAAUAAAAAAAAGUGCAUAGAAAAAUUAAACCGGUUUAGAAAUAUGUAUACAAAUAUUUACAAACUCAGGGUUUAUUUGUACAUGGUUACAAAGACGUAAAUUUAAAGAUCACAUAUCUUCUCAUCUUUAAGUCUUUUACACUUACUUUAAAAUAACCCUACUAUAUAUAUAUUUAUAUAUAUAUAUAUAUUUAUUUAUAUAUAUAUGUGUGUAUAUAUAACAUACAGCUUUCUUAACAGAUUCUGGGAGAGAUGGUCAUGAUAACUUAAGGUUUUGACUAGUGCUUUGCAUCCUUCAUUUCAGGUGCAUACCCACACACAUGCACGCACAUAAUACACAGACAGACGCGCGUGCACACACACAAACACACACUCUGCAGGAAAUUAAAACCAAGCAACUCUUAAAUUAUCAUCCUCUCUUUUUUGCAUCAGUAUUCCCAGACAUCUGUCUAAACAGCUGAGGUAGAAUCCUUGCAAGGAGUUGGGAGUGACUGCUCUCGUUGUCAGGUGGGUGAUUGACACAUGUUAAUCUGGGCUCCAUCCCAGUGAUUGGACAUGCAAGAAGGAAAUGGGAUAAAGAUUACGUCCAAAACAUUAUGGAAAUUUGCUCCAGUUUGUCUGGAGAGAACGGUGUGAAGACAAAGCGAUGAUUAUGGGCUUGGAAAGGCAAACAGUGCUCAAUUUACUCCUGUGUCUGAUUCUAAGACCGACAGCUAUCUACCAUAACAGAAAAAAUUAAAUGAAAAAAUAAAAAUGAUUCUUUAAAAAUACCUGCUUUAGAACAAUUUGUCAUAAAGGCUUAAAUGCACGACAUAACUGCCCCAAAUGAAAAUUCAAGUAAAUUAGUGAAACCAAGGACAUAAUUUGUAAACAAUAAAAAAAAAAAGAAAUAAAGAUACAGAUGGGGGAGAUCUCCUAAUACACAAGACCACCACCGUUUAUACAAAGCACAACCUUUAACCAUUAAAACUCAAAAUCAAAAACAUGAAUAAAUAUACAAUUUGAACAGUGUAUGAUUUCAAUUAGCCUUGUCAAUGAAAGCACUGAACAUGGACUAAGAACAAUGAAAAACAAUUAUCAAAAGGUGCUGAGUGUGUUCUUUCAGCCCUACUUCAGACUUUUUUCUUGUUUGUUUUUUUGCGACCGACAUCUGUAAAGUCUGUGCACCCUGUUUUCAACAAGCCUGGUGCAGGAGCUGAGUGCACACACUCAGAAGCGAUGCUUUACGCCAGUGCCCUCCCUGAUCAAGAGAUAAAACUCUCGCAAGUUUCACAAAGAUGAAAAGGAUGUGUAUGUUUUUAUGGGUUUUUUAAUGCGCAACUACAGGGCAGCAAAGUCUUAUUGCAAUAUGUAAUGAGCAUCUGCCAUAAGAGUAAUAAAAUAUAUAUAUAUAUAUAUAUAUCUAAAAACUGAUAUUCACCACAACUCGUCGCUUUUGGCUUGGGUAGUGUUUGCUACAUACACUGUACAUCAGCAGAAAAAAAGGUUUCCUGCUUCCAUUCUUAUAAAUAUGACACUACUGACUGAAACUGCAAUAAUCUACAUUGCAAGUCUGCACAGGAAGAAAGAGAAAGAAGAAUAAACAGCAGACCCCAAGUGUGAAACCUAGCAGACACUAUACUCCAAUGACGGUAAGAGUACUGCUCGAGUGCAUAAAUGUAAGAUACAUGAUCUCAGCAGGGUGAAUAAACAGCUAAACGAUUCCCGAUUCACAGGACAGCUUAGUUCAACUGACGACCUGUCAAAGCUUAGCACCAUGUUUGUUAUAUAUGAAAAAAGUCUGCGUCUAAAAGAAAACGGAAAAAAAACAAAAUCUAUCAACAACGUGAGAAGUGUUAAAUGUUUGAUAAAAUGCACAAAUAAAGGUACGGGUGAAUGUAUGGCUCGGGAACUGACUUCACCACCUGCACGAACGGGGCUUUAAAAUGAUCCCAU